AUGCCAAUUAAAAUCGGAUUAGUAGGCGCUGGAGAAGUAACACAGACGAUUGUUCUUCCCAAUCUCAGGCUAUUGUCCGAUCUCUACGAGGUGAAUGCACUAUGCGAUAUCUCCCAGCAGACACUCGAGCACGUCUCCACCAAGUUCAACAUCAAACAAACAUACACCGACUACACUCAGAUGAUUGAAGAGGGUGAUAUUGAGGCGGUAAUGGUGUUAACAGCUGACGAAUACCAUGCUCCAAUCGCAGUCGAGGCUCUGCAACACAAGAAGGCAGUCUUCGUUGAGAAGCCGAUGGCAUUAUCGCAGCAAGCCGCUGCUUUGAUCAUUAAAGCACGCGAUGAGAACAACGGCGUCGUUUUUGUCGGAUAUCAGCGCAGAUACUCUCCAGCAUUCGAGGAGGCUGUCCAAAUAGUGAGGGGAAUGUCAUCGAUCUCCUACUGCAGGGUAAGAGAUAUAAUCGGGCCCAACAGCAUCUUUGUUGGACAGUCAGGGACGUUCCCACGCAAGUAUACAGAUUUCCCUGAAACCUCAUCAGCGGAUAUGAAGAGGCGCUCGAGCGAGAUAGCGGAACAGGCACUCGGGAGUGCUGAGACCGAUAGUCAGGCGUACAAUCUGUACAGACUGCUAGGAUCGCUCGGCUCACACGACCUCUCGGCUAUGAGAGAAUUAUUAGGCAUUCCCAAGGGCGUUUGUGGUGUUUCAAACACCACUCCGUCUAAUGCCGGUGGCUUCUUUACGGCCAUGUUUGAUUAUGGCGGGUUCGUCGCAAUGUACGAGACAGGCGUUGACCAGGUGGGCUUGUUCGACGCGCACAUAGAAGUGUAUGGAGAUGGAAAGAGAGUAAAGGUAGAAUUUGACACCCCAUAUGUCAAGGGAUUGCCUGUAAAGCUGGUCGUGGGCGAGAGCGAUAAGGACGGAAGAUACAUUGAGCGCGUUGUCAGACCCACGUACGAAGACGCAUAUACUAUCGAGUACAAGGCAUUCUACGAUGCUGUUCGAAAUGGUAAGCAGUACAAGACUACAGCUGACGACGCCAGGUGUGAUUUAGAAAUAUUCAAAAUGAUAACUGAUGCAUUUGUAAGGCAAGACAAGUAA